AUGAUGGAAAGAAUAAGAAAAGAGAUGAUUCUGAUGGAGAGAGGGCUGCACAGCCCCACGGCCGGCAAGAGGUUCUCCAAUUUGUCCGACUCGGCUGGCAAUGCUGUACUCGAGGCCCUGGAAAAUUCGCAGCACCCGGCUCGCCUUAGCCCGCGCCUGCCGUCCGCCCCCCUGCACAGCUCUCUGGGAGACCUCCCUGCCAAGGGCAAAUUCGAAAUAGACACUUUGUUCAACCUGCAGCACCCGGGCAGCGAAAGCACCGUCUCCUCCGAAAUCGCCUCUGCCGCGGAGGGCCGCAAAAAGCCGGGCCAUUAUUCCGAGGCGGCCGCCGAGGCGGAUAUGAGCAGCGACGUGGAGGUGGGCUGCUCCGCUCUGCGCUCCCCCGGCGGCCUCGGCGCCGCGCCGCUUAAGGAAAACAAUGGCAAAGGGUACGCGGAGAGCGGAUCCGCCGGGGGCACCACGACGUCCUCGUCGGGCUCCGGCCUCGGCAGCCCAGUGCGGCGCUACCGCACGGCGUUCACCCGCGAACAGAUCGCGCGCCUGGAGAAGGAGUUCUACCGGGAGAACUACGUGUCACGGCCCCGCCGGUGCGAGCUGGCCGCUGCGCUUAACCUGCCCGAAACCACCAUCAAGCCGCCGCUGGGUUGUGGAGACCCGCUCUGCCAACUCCGGCUACUGGAGGGGGUUUCCUUGAACUUGAAGAAAGGCACAUCAAAACCCACCAGUGUUAACUGCCACGUCAAUUUUGAUGCUAAUAAUGUGCAGAUUAUGACGAAAAUUGCCAAUCAUGCUCUCUGA